GUCAUUCUAUACACAUGAUGCAGCUCCCAGCCUCUCUCUCCAACACUUCGUCCUACCUGGGACCGCCCCCCGAGGGCGAGGAGCUCCUGCCCCGAGCUGGCUUCAUCACCCUCUCCAUCGUCAUGGCGAUGUUUACCGUACCAGCCAUUGUGUUGAACUCCACGGUGAUAGUGGUGUCGCUGAUGAACAAGCAGCUGAGGCAACCUCUGAACUACGCCCUGGUCAACAUGGCCGUAGCUGACCUGGGGACAGCGCUGACCGGUGGGGUUCUGUCUGUGGUCAACAACGCUCUGGGGUACUUCUCCCUGGGACGGACCGGCUGUGUCAUGGAGGGAUUCUCUGUGGCUCUGUUUGGUAUCACAUCACUGUGCACGGUAGCUCUGAUUGCCAUAGAGAGAAUGUUUGUGGUGAGCAAGCCGCUAGGACCAAUCUCCUUCCAGACCAAGCAUGCGGUUGGGGGUGUGGCCUUGUCAUGGGUGUGGUCUCUCAUCUGGAACAUCCCGCCCCUAUUCGGCUGGGGAAGGUACGAACUGGAGGGCGUCGGGACGUCGUGCGCCCCAGACUGGCACAACCGUGACCCCAAUAAUGUGUCCUAUAUCCUGUGCUACUUCCUGCUGUGUUUCGCCGUGCCCUUCCUCAUCAUCGUAGCCUCUUACUCAAAACUCAUAUACACCUUAAGACAGGUCUCUACAAUGGGCUGUAUAGAAGGGGGUGCAGCAGCCAAGGCGGAGGCUAAGGUGGCCCGCAUGGUGGUUCUGAUGGUGGUUACUUUCCUGAUCAGCUGGCUGCCCUACGCUACCCUGGCCCUCGUGGUGGUCUCCCACCCUGAUGCCCACAUCAGCCCUCUGCUGGGCACCAUGCCAGUCUACCUGGCCAAGAGCAGCACCCUGUACAACCCUCUCAUCUACCUCUACAUGAACAAACAGUUCCGUAGAUAUGCAGUGCCCUUCCUGCUGUGUGGGAGGGACCCAUGGCCUUCUGAGGAGGAGGGGUCAGAGAUGCAGACCACUGUGGCAACCAUCAACAACAAAGUCUCCCCCAGUUGA